AUUCGGGUAUCUGUGUACUUGUCACUUUUUGAGUGUAGAAAGGCGACAAGGACAACAAGUCGCCCACACACACACGCACACACCCACUCACACACACACACACCCACUCGCAUUUGAGCGCUUACACACGUUGCUGGCAGCUGAGGGCGGGCGCAGUUUGACAACAGGGACCUACAUUCAGUCGUUUUUCCACUUCGGCUCUGUUAGCAUGUCUCUCUGUAUGUGUGUGUGUGUUUGGCAUAUAGAACUCUGUUUGCCACAAAAACGAGCUGGCCGUGCAGCACUUGCAGCAGUGCCCAACCAGACACCAAGUCGUGAGCAGCUCGCGCGACUCGCAUUGCAACGAACCAACAAAUUUAAAAAGGUCGAGCGCUCAACACGGAAACGAAUACGCGAGUGUAUCCACGAAAAUAUCAACAUAUCCAAAGCAAGAACCCAACUAGAACUCGAACUCAAACCCCAACUCAAACUCAAACUCGAAGAGCGAAACCUUUAUAAAACGUAUAUACAUAUAAAUACAUAUAUUUUUUGUGAGCACAACAUGCCAAGUGACGCCAAUUUUAUAGACUUUUUAUAAAAAGAACAACAGCAAGCAACAGCAACAGCAACAGAUACACAACAGCAACAUAUACUAGAACAGGAAUAGUUAAGGAACAUAGCUUAUAUCUGACAUUAAUCGGAGCCAGACUUAGCUGGAGGAUGGCAAUUCGCAAACGCAAGCACAGAAGCCACAUAGCUGGCGACACGCCGACGACAACGGCAACAGCAGCGGCAGCAAUGGCAGCAGCAACAACAACGGCAGCAGUAACUGACAGCAGAGAUGCCACGCCCACGCCAGAGGCGGUUAGGUACUGGCAGAAUGAAUUACUCUCGAAUGCCAGCGCUAAUAAUUUCACGCAUAAUUUCUUGGAUUUGCAAAAUCUCUUGAAUUUCAAUGAGGAUGCCAGCAACAGCAGCAACAGCAGCAACAGCAGCAACAGCAGCAACAGCAGCAACUCCAACAACAACAGCAGCGACAAUAUUGCUCUUACUGCCAACUUGUCGAGCACAUCGAGUGCUAUUAAAUUGACUAACGGCUCCAUUACGGACACUCUUUUGGGUACCAUCUUAACAACGGCAACGGCCACAGUGGCGCCCGCUGCCAGAUCCCUAAUCUCGAGCAUUGCGGCAACAACAACAACAGCAACAGCGGCAGCGGCUGCAGCAGCAACAUCAGCAACGGCUGCAACAAGCACUUCCCAUUUGGCACUGGUCCACGAUGCAACCUCAUCCACCUACUAUGCCAGCCUGCUGAAUAUGUCGCCAGCUACGACCAGCCUGAUCACAGCCGCUGCUGCUACCAAGUCCUACAACGACAGCAUUCUGCGCUGGGAGCAACUGGACGGAAGUGUGGACUUUGGCUUCGAUCCGCUCUAUCGCCACUCGCUGGCCAUGUCCAUUGUGUACUGUGUGGCCUACAUCGUGGUCUUCGUCGUGGGACUCAUCGGCAACAGCUUUGUUAUCGCCGUCGUCCUGCGAGCUCCUCGUAUGCGCACGGUCACCAACUACUUCAUUGUCAACUUGGCAAUUGCCGACAUCCUAGUCAUUGUGUUCUGCCUGCCCGCCACGCUCAUCGGCAACAUCUUUGUGCCUUGGAUGCUGGGCUGGCUGAUGUGUAAGUUUGUGCCCUACAUACAGGGUGUCUCGGUCGCGGCUUCGGUUUACAGCUUAAUUGCCGUGUCGCUAGACAGGUUCAUUGCCAUUUGGUGGCCAUUGAAGCAGAUGACAAAGCGACGAGCACGCAUCAUGAUAAUCGGCAUUUGGGGCAUCGCAUUGGUAACCACCAUACCGUGGCUGCUGUUCUUCGAUCUAGUGCCUGCCGAGGAGGUCUUCUCGGAUGCACUCGUCUCCAGCUAUACGCAGCCGCAGUAUUUAUGCCAAGAGGUGUGGCCACCGGGCACCGAUGGCAAUUUGUAUUUUCUGCUGGCUAACUUGGUGGCCUGCUAUCUGCUACCCAUGUCCUUGAUAACAUUGUGCUAUGUGCUCAUUUGGAUCAAGGUCUCCACGCGCAGCAUACCUGGCGAACUUUCCAAGGACGCUCAGCUGGACCGCAUGCAGCAGAAGAGCAAGGUGAAGGUCAUCAAAAUGUUGGUGGCCGUUGUCAUAUUAUUUGUGUUAUCCUGGCUGCCGCUCUACGUGAUUUUCGCGCGUAUCAAAUUUGGCUCGGAUAUAUCGCAGGAGGAGUUCGAGAUAUUGAAGAAGGUAAUGCCGCUUGCUCAAUGGCUAGGAUCCUCCAACAGCUGCAUAAAUCCCAUACUCUACUCCGUGAACAAAAAGUAUCGACGGGGUUUUGCGGCGAUCAUCAAGUCUCGCAGCUGCUGCGGAAGACUCAGAUACUAUGACAAUGUGGCCAUAGCCUCGUCCACUACGAGCACUCGCAAGUCCUCGCAUUACCAUCCACAUGGCUCACGCAAGAGUCCCAGCAGUCCGGGCUUGAGGAAGACCAAUGCCGUGUCAUACAUUUAUGAGCACAACUCGCUGCGCCGCCAUAACCUGAUGAUGAAGCAGGACAGCAAUUUGUCACAGCAGAUGCUGCUCAAGCAGGACUCGCAUGGCUCUCGACAGUUUCUCAUCAAGCAGGAGAGCUCCUGUAGCGAUGCCUCCGGUAAUCGGCGUCUACUCUGCCAGCAGGACAGCAAUGGUAGCAAGAUCUCGCUCUCCAAGCAGGACUCAAUUGUUUCGUACAUGGAGGCGCGUCGCGCUCAGGAACGUUCUGUGGACUCCACACUGACUCAACAGGACACAAUUUCCGUUGAUUCCCGUCGAUGUGGCAUAGGUGGCAUCACUGGCAUCGGCGGCAUCGGAGGAAUCGGUGGCCUCGCUGGCACAGCGGCGUCAUCUUCCCUGCUCGAUAAGCGACAGAAAUUCGUCAAACAGGAUUCGGUGAUUAGCUUUGUGGACCAACGACCAGAGCCGCGCCGUCAUCAGUUGGUCAAACAAGACUCGGUUAUCUCGUUCGCCGACCAGCGACGUGGCCUGCUCCACAAGCAGGACUCUCUUAUGACCAAUCGAUCGGGAGAUGCACCCACACAUCAUGUCUCCAUACUCAAGAAGACCGACUCGCAGCUUAGCUAUGGCACCUGCUCGCCCCGACGCAAUGUGGAGCUCUAUGAGUAGUAAACAGCGAAAUAAACAACUACACACCC